UGGUGAAAUUACAAUACAUAUAAACCACAUCUAACUUCGCUCGCCCAUAAUCUACUUCCUUUUCCGUGUUAGCUGUGAAAGAAUAAACAUGCCGCUAGCCAAAGAUUUGUUACACCCUUUGCCCGCUCAAGAGAAGCGUAAACACAAGUUGAAGCGCUUGGUGCAACACCCCAACUCCUACUUCAUGGAUGUUAAGUGCCCCGGCUGCUACAGAAUCACAACUGUCUUCAGCCACGCUCAAGGCGUCGUUGUAUGUGCGGGAUGUGCUACUAUCUUGUGCCAGCCAACCGGUGGUCGCGCUAAGCUCACAGAAGGUUGCUCUUUCAGAAGGAAGCCUCAAUAAAUGUGACGUUUUAGUUUCUUUGCUGCCUCCAUUGAAUUUUUUCAAAUUAUAAUUUUUUAACAUCCAGAUCAGAUAAAAAAUCAAUAAAAGCCUUUUCAUUGUGAAAAGUUUAAAAGAGAUGUGAACACAAA